UGUUGCCAUUCUCGUCAUUGGGCAUUGGAAACAAUCUAAGAAUUCGAAACGGUACCGGUACGAUAAUAAAAGUAGACUACAGUAGACUAUCCCAUUGAGAACAUGACUUCUCUUGCUCCUGCCCCCCAUCGAUGUUUUGUAAUGGAUCUACCAAGCGUAGUGUCGAGACAUCAACAAGAACAAAACUGUCAUGAUGUUCGUUUGAUGGGGACUGUCGUGUCCAUCAAGGAUCUCCCUCCGUACACGGAAGAGGACCCUUCCUUGUCAUCCUCAUUCUACCAGUAUGGCAAUGACGAAUACACAAUGCUGGAACUCGAUGAUGGAACUGGAAGCAUUAUCUGCUUAACACCCAUGGCGACAAUGGAGAGGCUGGUUGCAUUGAAAGUCGGAAACAUGAUUGAUUGCAUUGGGAAGUGUCUCCGAUUAGGUGCUGAUACCAAGAGUUCAACUGAUAGUAGAGCCAGUAAUACUGCAAAUUCUACCAGUACUUAUCUGCCACAACAGCAACAACCAACAGCCCUGAUCAUUCAAGUAGAUACACUAUUGGAAGUGAGAGGGGAAGCAUCGGUGGCAGAACGACUGCGGUGGUUGGAAAUCACUCAAUUGCAACCAAAACUAUUUAGGAAAAGUACUACAUGUACGAAUGCCAUUGGGAGUAUGCAUGGCUACCCUUGUCCUGAGAUGUCCAGCAAUGAUAUUCUCCAGAUUAUUGAGAGCAAUGAACGAGAAGGUGUCAAGCUGGCAGAUUUGGCCAUGGUCAUGGAUAUCGAAGAAAUACACGCCAAAACACUCAUUGAAGAUCUACAGAUGCAGGGACUCGUAUACGAAAAUGAAAAGGGGUGCUUUGUGCCGUUAUAAGAGUACUACCGGUAGUAGAGCAGCAAAGGAUAAUGAAUGGAACGACCAUAUGCAUGCAAGGGUCAAUCACGGUUCGUUCUAGCAUCAGACGUACGGUACAGAGAAAGGGGGCAUAUACCUUGCCGAAAUAAAUGGAUUUGGAUGACAUACAGCAUUGACCAAAGACGUCUCAAAUACAUGUAGUCCUCUUCUAAGGCUCCUGAAAACGUACUCGCAGACUACAUGUAGUUCCCUCCAUUGGGCAUGCUCUUGCCGGUACGGUACUUAUACCUACGGGACCUGAUGCCGUCCGAAAUUAUUCCUUGGCACUAGUCUAGUUGGUGCAUUGCAAGUGAAACUCUACUUUGCAGAACUGAGCAAACUACAUGUACACUGACUCUUUCUAGAGUAGCUCCAGUCCAUGCUUUUCUCCAAAAUCUGCUGCCUUCCAGGUAGCUACCGAC